AUGACGCAUUCGAAUCCUCAAACUCUGCUUUCUACUGUUUCCUUAAUUAUUUUUGAUGCAAAUGGCAAAAGACAUUCCGUGCGUGCACUUUUAGAUAGUGGCUCACAAAUAAAUUUAAUUACUAAAUCGCUGGCUUCGCGUCUCCAGCUUCCAAUUAAUUCUUCACUUCAUAAUUUAAGUGUUUUACAAGGGCAGAGUAUGACUUGUAAUAAGUCUGUGAAGAUUAAAAUUAAAUCUAAAUUAACUUCUUUUGAACACAAAUUAUAUUGUGUUAUUAUUGAUAAUAUAACUCAACAUCUUCCUUCUUCAUCUAUUGAUUAUUCUCACUGGAGAAUCCCGGAUCAUGUCCAAUUAGCUGAUCCAGAUUUUAAUAUUCCAGGUCCAAUAGACUUGUUGAUGGGCGCUGAGCUAUAUUUUGGCAUCCUGCAACAGGGUUGUAUCCGCUUAGGGAAGAAUUUGCCAAUUUUGAAGAACAGUCGCUUCGGUUGGUUAUUGUCUGGUGUUUAUUCAGGGGAUGCUGGUUCUGAGUCAUAUGUAGGGUUUGUCUCUAACGAAGAUCUCCAUGAGGAAUUAGCUAGGUUUUGGCAGACAAGAACUCGUUUUUUGAAUUUGGAACGUAGGUUGGUAAAAAAUAAGGACUUAAAUUUAGCUUACUCCAAUUUUAUUAAUGAGUAUGUAAAGUUAAGUCAUGCUGAACUUACAUCUCUUACAGGAGAGGAUUUUGACAAUAAGUAUUAUUUUUUACUUCAUCACCCGGUUUUCAAGGAUGGCAAUGUUAAUAAAAUUCGUGUUGUUUUUGAUGCUUCUUGCAAAACUUCCACAGGUUUGUCGCUUAAUAAUGUCAUGCAUACAGGUCCAAAACUACAACAAGAUUUGUUUUCGAUUUUGAUUCGCUUCAGGUGUCACUUGUAUGUUUUUGUCGCUGACAUUGUUAAGAUGUAUAGGCAAAUUAAGGUUAGGGAUGCAGAUGCUAAUUUACAAUUAAUUAUUUGGAGAGAUUCUCCUCAGAAAAGGCUUGAUAUUUAUAAGUUAAACACCGUUACAUAUGGCACUUCAUGUGCACCAUACUUGGCCAUGCGUUGUCUAAAGAUGUUGUCAGAAGAAAAUUCUGUCAAGUAUCCACUAGCUUCGCAGACUUUAGAUAGGGACUGUUAUGUCGAUGACAUAAUUACAGGUGCAUCGUCCGAGCAGGAACUAGGGCAGCUGAAAUUGGAGGUCUGUAGUCUGUUGAAGUUAGGUUGUUUUCAGUUACACAAGUGGUCAAGUAACAGUCGUUCGUUGUUAGGUGAUGUUCCUAAGGAACAACAAAAUUUGUCAGCCACAGAUUUUUCUGAACAAAAUAAUACUGUAAAAACAUUAGGUUUAUCAUGGAAUCCAGUUGAGGAUAUUUUCAAAAUCUCUUAUUCCAAUGUUUUUAUCACUUCUACAGACACUAAAAGAUCUAAAGACGCUCUGCCAGAUGAAUUACAGGAUAGCUGGAAUGAUUUCAGACAUCAUCUUUCGUGUUUGGAAGGUUUGUCUGUUCCGCGUUGUCUUUUCAAACAGGUUCCUGUAAGCAUACAGUGUCACGGUUUUGCGGAUGCUUCACUACUGGCUUAUGGAGCUUGUGUUUAUCUACGGGCGACAUAUGAAGAUGGUAGUAUUUCCUGCCAUCUAAUAUGUUCUAAAUCUAAGGUUGCUCCGUUAAAACAGGUGACACUUCCUCGCUUAGAAUUGUUAGCUGCGUUGUUAUUGGCAAAAUUAUAUAGGCAUGUUAUGGCUAAAGAAUUAACUCCAGCAGUUAUGUGGAAGCAUGUAUCUAGCAAAGAUAACCCUGCAGACAUUGUGUCAAGAGGUGUUAGAAUUGCUAGUGAUUUGUUGAGCUGUGAUCUUGGCUUUGUAGCACCAGAGAAAAUUGGCCGAAUAGGUUUUGUGAUCCACCAAAAGAUAAGCUGCCGGAAACACGGGGUAUCCAAGUUUAGCAAGCUUGUUAGGAUUGUCGCAUAUUGUCUCAGAUGGAGGAAAAAGCGCGGAACUGUUCCUCUUGGUGAUCCGUUGUCAGCUUUUGAGAUUCAGUUUGCAACUCUUAGGAUAUUUUAUUUGGUCCAGUUAGAAACAUUCUCUAUUACUAAUGAUGAAGAUUUAGAAACAGAUAAGGUCUCAAUUCAUAAAUUGAAAUCAUUAAAUCCAUUUAGGGAUGCUGAUGGCGUGUUGCGUGUAGGUGGGAGAUUGGAACAUGCAAAGAUCUCUUUUAACCAGAAACACCCCAUCAUUUUACCAAAAAAACACGUAAUUGUUCGCAUGUUUUUAAAGUCAGAGCAUGAGCGACUGCUGCAUGCAGGGACUCAAACCGUUCUGGGAAAUGUAAGGUUGAAUUAUUGGCCAAUUAAUGGUCGUAACGCCUUAAAGCAAAUUAUUCAUAAUUGUUGUAAGUGUGCUCGUUUUAAGGCUGCUGCUGCUAGUUAA